UUUGCGGCGCAGGCCGUGCAAACGCUGAGCGGCGAGGAAGCAGGAUGGUGGAAAUGUGGUAUAUGGAUGAGUCCCCGGGGGACCAAAGGAAGCCGCACCGCCUGGAGCCCAACCAGCCCGUCAGCCUCGAGCAGCUGAGGCGGCUGGGCGUUUUCUAUUGGAAACUCGAUGCUGAUAUCUAUGAGACUGAUCCGGACCUAGCAAAAAUUCGGAAGGAGAAUAACUACUCUUGGAUGGAUAUAAUCACUAUACACAAAGAUAAACUGCCAGAUUAUGAAGAGAAGAUAAAAAUAUUUUAUGAAGAGCACUUACACCUGGAUGAUGAGAUUCGCUACACCCUGGAAGGAAGUGGAUAUAUUGACGUUCGUGAUAAAGACGACAAAUGGAUUCGAAUCGCCAUGGAAAAAGGAGACAUGAUCACACUCCCUGCUGGCAUCUAUCACCGAUUUACACUGGAUGAAUCUAAUUAUAUGAAAGCAAUGCGGCUGUUUGCUGGAGAACCCGUGUGGACGGCUUACAACAGGCCAGCUGAUCACUUUCCGGUUCGGGUCCAGUACCUGCAGUUUUUAGCACAAGCAUUUCAAUAAACCUUUAGGAAGGCUUAACACUCAAGAUUGCCCUGCAACUUCUGUAAAGUACAAAUGAAAAAAUUGCUUUGUUAACACUACCUGCUAUAUAUGAGCAUUUGGUUUCCUGCAGCUCUAACGCAGGGAAAGCUUAGGGACAGAGUGUUGAACUGUUCAUCCUUUAUUGAUCACCAUAUGAUUAUGGUUAAAUUUUUUCGAAGUACAAGAGCGGAUUGUGGGUUUGUAUUGCACCUUGGUUUAUUUCAAGGGUUUUCCCUGCUCAUUCAUGAAAUUAUGUUUAGUUGUAUGUUUAAUUUUCCUCUGAAGUUUGAUACAGUAGAGUGUUGAUCAGUCCUUUGUUAUUCAUCCUUUUACUUUCCAAUGUAGCAAAAUACUUAUUCAGUCAUAAACUCAUUUAUUUUUAAUAAUAGAAGAUAAAAGAUCUGUUACAUAUUCUGAGCAGAAAGAAUUGGUAUCGGUUUCUUUGCUCUGUGUAAGUCAGACUUUUAAUUGUAGUGAAGUUUUUCAAACUGGAGCAGAUCAGCUCAGGAUAUCAAUCUUUCUCUUUUUCUCUUACAAAUAACUGGUGUGCAAAUCAGUCUUGUUGGGUUAUUUCCUGCCUUAUCUGAAAACUCUUUUAUACUUUAUAAUUAUUGUGACUUUAUUUUUGCAGUGUUUUAAUAAAAAAUGCUGCGUUUUAGACUUGCA